AUGGUGCAAUGUGGAAGUAUUAGAACACUAGUCUGCAAGACGGAGGAUAAUUAUAAUAUCUAUGAUGACGAGCUAGACUCCUUGGAAUCGCUGAAAAAGCCUCGAAAAAAGCUUAUAUUCUCCACAAUUGCAUUGAUAUUGGCCUUAGGAUCUUUGCUUAUUACAGUAUACUUACUUACUCGAGACACAUCACCAAAAGCCACAUAUGACAGAAUUAACGAUGACAAACUUCGAGAUUUAAUAGUAGUAUCACCUGCUGCUCAAAAAUUGCCCAAGACCGGAAAACUGUUCUGUUGGGUGCAAACGUCUACAAUUUAUCAUGAUACUAGAUCACUUGCAAUCAACGAGACGUGGAUUCAUAGAUGCGAUCAUGGACAACUAUUCACUUCUGAGAAGUUCAACGACACACGGAUACCGUACUCUACAGUGUUUGCCGGGAUCCCUGAUAACUAUUAUAAUCUGUUUUUCAAAAGUCGUUAUGCAUUCCGUCAUAUCUACACUAACAUUUCUUCGGAGUUUGAUUGGUACUUGAAGGCAGAUGACGAUACAUACGUCAUCGUGGAAAAUUUGAAGGCGUUCCUCUCGACUCUAAAUCCAGAGGAACCUCAUUAUCUUGGAUACGUGUUGAAGCCAUACUUGAAAAAUGGAUACAACGCAGGUGGUGCUGGAUACAUUUUGUCGAGAGCAGCAUUGAAAAUUUUCGCGGAGAAGCUGUAUCCAAAUGCUACAUUGUGUCCAGAUGAUAUUUAUGAGGAUGUUGGAAUUGCAAGAUGUCUCGCCAACGCUGGAAUCUACCCAGAAGACACUCGAAAUUCUCAUGGCCAGAAUCGAUUCAACACAUUCUCCCCAACAGAAACUUUUCAUCAAACCAAAGCCAGCGUUGAUUGGGUCAAAUUUUUGGAGAAGAAGGGCUACGCAGCAUUCGCCAACGACCUGGUAUCAUUCCAUCAUUUGUCUCCAGAUGAGAUCCGCCUAUUCGACAUUCUGCUUUAUAGAGUUGAUAGGAAACAAGUCUAG